AUGCCUUCCCACCCAAGGAGUGAACUGACUAUUGUCCUCAAGGGGCUUGUAGUGAAUUCUCUUCAAUCUCUUGACAAAGGCAAACCAAGGUAUAUUCGUCGGAAAGGAGGAAUACUUGGCAAGUCAGGACUAGAGGAUGUCCGGAAGAUCAACAUUUUCGGAACGGAUUGGGGCGACAAAACUUUUGGAACAAUUUGUGAAAAGGCCAGCGACACCCCCAAAGUGCUUGAGAGUGCUCGUGAAGAACUGGACGUCCUCCUUAAUGGGUGCAAGAAAAACAACAACGUCAUCCGUGUAAAGCGAAGUAUGGAUACACAUAGCAUUUCCACCAAGGGGAUGAAGGUUUCUCUGAGCCGUGGCCUUCACAUGAAUAUCGAGAUUAGGAUCUCAGCUAUUGUGUUCCUCCCGGCCAACCGCAUCUCGCUCGAGCAGCUCAUCCAGCCCAUCGCCAACGGCGCCACCGUGCUCUCCCUGGACACCGACUUUGAUGGCUGUAUGCGGCUCAUCAGGGAGGUGACCGCUAAGCUGCCCAUUUACCUUGCCAAUUCGCUCAACUCUCUCAGGCUCGAGGGGCAGAAGACAGCAGCCAUUGAGAUACUGCAGCAGUUUGAUUGGGAGGUCCCCGAUUGGGUCAUUGUCCCAGGAGGCAAGCUCGGAAACAUAUAUGCAUUCUACAAGGGAUUCGAGAUGUGCCAUGUUCUUGGUCUGGUUUAUCGUCUGCCUCGGCUUGUCUGCGCACAGCCUGCCAAUGCCAACCCACUGUACCGCUACUACAAGUCAGGGUGGACGCAGUUCCGGCCACAAGUGGCCGAGCCUACAUUUGCGUCGGCGAUUCAGAUCGGUGACCUUGUAUCUGUCGACCGUGCGGUGGUCGCACUCAAGGCAACAAAUGGCAUCAUCGCGGAGGCCACAGAGGAGGAGCUCAUGAACGCAAUGUCCCUCGCUGACCGCACUGGCAUGUUUGCGUGCCCGCACACUGGGGUCGCGCUUGCGGCGCUCUUCAAGCUCCGGGAAGAGGGCACCAUCGGGGCAAAUGACCGCACAGUGGUCGUCAGCAUGGCGCACGGCCUCAAGUUCUCCCAAUCCAAGAUAGACUACCAUGAUCAGAAGAUCGAGGACAUGGCCUGCAAGUACGCCAACCCGCCGGUCAGCAUGAAGGCCGACUUCAGCGCCGUCAUGGACAUCCUCAAGAAGAGGCUCAAGGGUAAGCUGUGAGCCUGCCCUCCUGCUGCUGCUGCUGCUGACCCCUCCGAUUGGCUACUGCGAUUCGAUUGUCUUAUGCAUCUGAUUCAAAUGUGAUUGGUUUGCUGUGUGGAGCAUUCGAAACCCUUGAUUUGAAAUCUUGUAGGUGAGUGAGACUCUUGUAGGCGUCUGCGGGGAAUGGUUAGGGGGUGGGGUUGAUUAUCUCUUGUACCGUGUUGUGUUCUAUGGAUAAUAAACAGUUGUGUUGUGUUGUUGUUCAUUGAAUAAUCAAUCAUUCAGUC